CUCGCAAACGUCACUCGACCGUGCAACGCGACGGACGUGUUGGCGGUGGAGCGUCGCCGCGAUUCGACGUAGUACUCUCGCCGCUCGCGAAGCGUGCGUCAAGGGAACGACGUUUCCCGCCUGUCGCUCUGGGCGAUCGUUUUUUUUCUCCACUUCGAGGAAUACCGCGCGAAACAAAGUGAAACUUGAGAGAGCCCUGCUUCGGGGACAACCGGGACCGAUCGUGAGGACGGAGCGCGAUAACACGCUCGUGGAGAAAUUUCGUUCCUUCCGCAGUCGGGUCGCGCUCCCGCGGCCCAGGACAUUAGCAGAGGUGGCGUGGGGCACGGCCGUGAUGGAAUUGCAGAGCUGGUUGCUCUAUCACUUGGUGGCCGUCACCGACUGCAAUCAAGUGAUGCAGUCGGCGAAUACAAUCGGAAGUGGCGGUGGCGGUGGCGGAUCGUAUACAACCGGCAGCGGAACCGGAAGUCGCACUCGCGAUUUGGGGCUGCGCGCUCAGAAGAAGCUUUUGGGUCGCAUAGUGUCCACCGGUGCCGGCCGGUCGCUUUUCAUCGACGACGCCACGACGUCGUUGCUCGAUAAUCUUUACAAGCUCAUGGAGAGCGUCACUAAGAGCAACCCACACAUGGAUAAAAAGGAACCCGAGAAGGUCCUCAAGAAUAUCGUUAAAUUGUCCAUUAAGAUCGGACUCGUGCAACGCAGUCAUCAAUUCCGUCCGAAUGACGCCGUGAAGCUGGACGAGCUUCGAGAGGUCCUGGGAACAGUGGCGAUGACAGUCGUGUCAUUCUACGAGGUUGACUACAGUUACGACCAAGAGUACCUGAUAGGCUCGUUGGAACGUUGCCGAUCGUUGGUGCAAGAACUGAUAAAACCGCAUCUUACAGACAAGUCGUUGCAACGUUGCGAUCAGAUAUUCGACUUCCUGACGUAUCCGAAAUUCUUGGACUCGGUAUUCCGAUAUGAUUCCGAGCACAGACCCGUCCUCGGCAUGCUAGUCAGUGAUCUUAACAAAGCGCUGGACGCCAGGCGACUUUGAUUCUUCAAGGACGAUAUUUGUGCAUCUUUGAUAGAAGCGAAUCGACGACCGAUAACGCGGUUUGAUAACCAGGAGGAUGAUCAUUUCCUUUGGCAACGAUGGUUUCACGAUCGUGAUCGAUGACGAGUUCAUCGAUGAAGGCGAAUGAAGGAGAGGUGAAGAUACUUCGCACUUUGACAAGAAAAGGACAACGUGUUGUAUACUUUUAAUGUGACGAUAGUAUAGUUUCUCAUAGCGGUAGAUUAAAAACAAUGUGUUUCUUGCUCGCGACACCAUUUCCACUAACCAGUAGCUGGAUCGAGCUACUCAGCGCGGACCACUCGCUCACUGAUUUAUGCAAUAAUUGUCUAAUACUCCGCUUAUAUUUUAAGGAUACAGUCACACCUGCGUUAAUUACGCAUAAUAUAUUUAUAUGCAGGAUAAAAUCGGCAAUCCACACCAAAAAAGGGAUAUAAUUAGCUUAAUAAGUAAGGUGAAAUAGAGGAUAAAAUUUUUGCACAUUUUCUCUAAAAUUGAGUGCUAAUGCGAUUCAAUAUUCAACAAUACUUCCAUUUAUGCUCAUCAUUUCGUUAUUUAUAUAGACGAAAAGAUCAUAUAAUUUCUUUGUAUAGCUUAAUAAGAAUGCAAAAUAUUAUCCUUUUAUUUCAGUUAAUUAUUAUGUGUAAAGUUACCUUCGCCUUAGAUUCAAUAAUUUUCGUCGUAAUCUUAUUUGAAUUCUAUUUGUAACGAAAUUAUAUAUGCAAUGCAAUUGCAGCAUUAUGAUCAUUGCAAAAAUAGCGAUGCGACGAAAAAUUCGCUGAAAUCUAAUUCUGUGAACUCCAGUUUGUGAUUUUGUAAAAUAUUCUGUCGUGAAGCUAAAAAUCCUACUGCAAAAGAAGCGGCUUGCAUUCAUCGGGUAUCACGACUAUGUAACAUGAUGGAUCUUAAUAGUCAGCGAUGCUCUCGCGAAAUUUAUAAAUCCAUUGAUCCAUCAACCGCUCGAUCAAGUAUCGACGUGCACGUGUAAAGCACAUCCCUCCUUCUUCUCCUACUUUAAAUCUUAUCCUGUAAGGAUGAUAGUACCAUUGCGUGGAUUGCGUGAACAAAGGAUUACUCUUUUCAAGGUAGAAAUUAACAAUGGACACGCGACACACCGGUAUCCUAAUUUCCCUUUUUUACGAUUUCGCGUUUAGAUAACUUUAUUACCGAAACGAGACCGCCUCUCAAAAAAAUGUUUUAUAUAUAUAUUUAAUUAUUUAAUAUAUAUUUUUGAAAAGAGUUAUAGCUUUAUAAUGUUAAAAAAAUGUGCUAAUAGCUGUGUAAGCCCGUUUGGAUAUUUUAUAAAUAAGUUAGAUUAUAUCGCGCCUAUAUUUUUCAAUUUUUAUUCUAGCUUCCAUGUUAUUUCGUUUCACAAUAUUGUUAUUUCUUUUCGAUAGCAGUAUGAUGAUGCAAACGAACACGUUGUAAAAAACGCGAGAUGCUUGUCACGACCGACACAGUCCACUAAUUGAGUGCUUUGUACAUGCGCAUGCGUAA